UUCACAAGCAAAAUUUGAGUUGCCGGUAAUUGGUUAACAGGAAAUAAAUAAAGCGAUCUACCAAUUAUAUUAGUUGUGCGAUGACACGAAUAAUUUGAAUUAGCCUUAAGGCGUAAAAGAUUGAUCAAACUGAAAAAAAUUGAUAAACCACAAAUUUUAGAGUUUUUUUUCGAUUAUUUUGCGUUAUGGCAGUUGGAAAAUUUUUAGUGAAUUAGUAAGUUUACAGAAAUUUAAUUGGAAACUACAAAGUUAAGCCAUUGUAUUUUUAUAAAUUUCAUUGACUGCGUCUACUGUGAUAGAAGGUUCUUUUACACACUUGAACAUCUGUCAAUUUUUCAAGAAAACGUCCGAAAACAGAAAACCGAAAGUUUUUACCGUACCAUAUUUCAGUAGGUCAAGAAUUUUAUAAAGUAGAAAAAAAUGAGCACCCCUCAAACUUUUAAGCCGUCCGCAGGAAAAAGGGAAGAAUUCCGAAAAUAUUUAGAAAAAGCUGGGAUAAUGGAUGCCUUAACUAAAGUUUUGGUUGAUCUAUAUGAAGAGGUUGAUAAACCAGAAGAUGCAUUAGUUUACAUAAUUGAUAAAUUGUCCCUUCAAGCUGGUCUAGAGACACAAAAACAACUCAAUGCUAAACUCGAAGAAGCAUAUGCACACAUUAAAACUGUAGAAGCAGAAAUUGAAGCUUUGAAAGUUCAAGUGUCUGAGGUUGAAGGAGGUCAAGAGGGGAUAGACACUAGGUCUACCCAUUCGACAGCCCAUCCAGAAGCAGCAGAAGAAGGUGGUGCAGCCGAGGGUGGUGAGGAACAACCACAACCAGCACAGUAGCCUUCUACCUGGUUGUAGUUAUGCCAAGAGACCUUUUAGUUAAUUUCAUAUUUUGUGUACUUGAUUAGCACUAUUUAAAGCAAAAUUUUGGUAGAAUAUUAAAAUCUACUUACUUAUGUACUUACAAUGUAGUAAUAAUGACGAAUUCCUUUUAUAGAUUUGUAAGUUUAAUACUUACUAAAAAAAAAAGGUAAAACUACAUUUUUCUGAACGUUUGAAGAACUUCCCUUUCCCUGUUUGAAGCUAGUAUUAAAUUGACCAGUGAGAUUCAAGUACAUACAAUAUUUUUCCAUUUAUUACAUUAAAGUUCCUUUAUCAUUCUAGUUGUUUUUAUUUUGUAAAAUAAAUUUUAUUUUUUUGACUUAAAAAGUUAUUUGAAUGUGUC